UCUAUGAGUCAUAUCGCAUAAGUGGUAUCCACACUCCGGUCGCGUCCUUGGCGUAAGCGGAACUUUCUUUCGGAACUGCGUCUACCACCAAUAGUUGACCGAUAGAAAAGAUUUCCGUGAAAUCGCCAGAACUACUCGUCAGACGUUUGCAGUGUUGACUGCCACGGGCCAAGUUUCGACCCGUGCUGAUGUGUGUAUGUGCGCGCUGAUUUCCGAGAAUUAUGUCCGGUGUCCAAUUUUGGCUCUGUUUUUUAGUACAGCGAAUUGGAAAAGUUUUCCGAUUAAAUCGAACCGGCGUGGACUCGAGUGCAAGCAUUUCGGCUGUAACUUUUGGAAAAUCGGAACUGUGUAAUAUAGAGACUAAGCAAUCUGGCAUUCUAGUGUAUGUUUAUCUCAUUAGAAUUAAUGAGUUGACUUCACGUGUUUGAUCUAUUUUUCGAAUUUAAAUAUCAGCGUCCCAUAAACAAAGUUCAUCAUAUGACAGGAUUGGCUUGACCGAAGUUUAUUGAUACCCAUCGUUAUAUUCCCGCGCUCUGUAUCAGCAAUCUUAAAAUAUAAAUGACCCUCAGUACUGUAGUGAACGCAGAAACGCAAAAGAAAGUGAAAUUGGUACAUUGGCUGCGACUGAACGCAAUAAAAAUAAAAAAAAGGAAAUAAAAAUAAAGACGUGAAAUCUACGCACAGCCAGUGGGAGUGCACAAUCUCCACACAUAUACAUGUUGUUGCAUUCGCCCAAACUCGUCGCGAUCGUCUGCUGCAUCCUGUUUGAUGAUCGACCUUCUGCGUUGCCUUCGAGGCCUCGGCUCGGCUGAAUGAGUGUGUGUGUGUGUGCGCGUGUGUAGUUUCGGUUUGCGCCACUGCCGAUUAAGAAUGUGGGUAAAAGUUGAUAAGGAGUUCGCUGGAAAAAAGCACUCGCUCCGGAAUAAUACCGACAGGAACCGCAAGUCACUUGAGGCCGUGAGGGACGUGAGUAAGUUUGGAGAACAAAGGUGCAGAAAGAAGCCCGAAACGACGAAACGCCAGGAAGAAUAAGUGAAGCAAGAGUAAGAUCAACGUCGGAUGAAAAGAAUCACAGAUCUCUUGGAACCCUGACCGGCACACUCGUUUGAAGAUCUUCAUCGGUUGGGACUGGAUCAACUGAAAAAGGAAUAAUUCCAUCAUGCCGUGAUAGCUCGUCACCACGUUCUUUGCCAGAUUAUGCGAUAUUAUCGGAAUAAUUAAGGAUAUAAUUAACUUAAAAGGAUUAUUCCAAAAGUGACCUUCAACACGUUUGGCUGGUUCGUCACUUUUACCUUCAAUUUCUGAAGAAUGUUGAGAGUGAGAAUUGAACUCGUGACCUUCAGCGUGAGAGGUGUGGAUGUUACCACUACGCUAGAUCGCCUCCUCAUUUUAUAUAAGGAACGGCAGCUAGAGACGAAAAAAAGGAAGACCACUAAGAAGUAGCUUCUGAUCCAAUCAACUGGCGGAGAAGCAGUGGCAAUUGUCACCGGGAGGAAAAUCCAGCCGGAGAUCACACACACAAAAAAACAAAGCGAACGCUGAAAAGUUGUCCUCCAACUAGCGCGGAUCGUUAAAAAGAAAUAAUGGUACCCCCGACAGCAGGACAGUAGUGAGUUCACAGUGUUACCCACUAGUGCACCCGCGACAGAGGGAAGUGGGACAAAGAAGAACAACAGGAAGAAGUUCCAAGUGAAAAUAUUUAUAUGAUUUUAAUGAGAAUCAAGAUAAGAAAUAAUAGUUGGAAAAUAAUAAAUAAAGGCAAACAUUAGCUCUCUAUCUAUCGGAGUCAAGUUCGCGUAGACUCUAUGUGUAGUGUAGUGUGUAGUGGUACUACAGUGGUGAUACCACAGCUGAAGUUGACUAUCGAGUCGAGUGGGACCAAUCAACCACAACCAUUGUCGCGAUUGUUACGUUUGUGAGUUCAAACGAUUUGGGUGUUUCGAACGCCCGGACAGUUUGCCUGGAGUUGAGCCACAUACGCGUUCAGUGUAGUGUCUGUGUUGUCACCUUCCCGGGGCCGCCCUCACACAUCGGUACUCGGAAGACCGCGCGCGCAAAUUGCUGAAAUGAAAUAUAUUUUGCGAAAAUUGAAAUUUAUUUAGAUAGCUAGAAAGAAGUGCGGUAGAGAGGGAAGCGAGAAAUAAAAAAAAAUAUUUAUAAAUAAUAGCCGCCGUGAAAAUAACAGGCAGCUGCAGCGAGAAAAAAAGGAACCCAAUGUGUGGAACGGGGUUUUGAAGCGUUAUUGUGUUUUAGAGAAGGAAAAAUAAUAAACGAGGAAAAUAGUGGCGGAAAAAUCUAUCAAAUUUUUCGGGUUUGCAACGUCCGCCCUCUCCUUCCCAAGCUGGCCAAUGCCGGGUCAAUAGAAUCAAUAAAAUAACGAGCAGUUCGCGCGUCAUCUCUGCCCGCGCAGAAGAUACGCAAGAGAAGAUAACAAAAAAAAAGUGCAUCCAAGUGGCAGCAAGUUGAACCUGCAAAUUGGCGAAGAGGAACGAGUUUUCUAAUCGUUGAAGAAUUGCUCAGUGUGUUUAAGUGCUUUUCUGUUUAUGUUCGUAAGAUUUGCAACGUAGAAAAAAAAAUCAGUCAGUCAGUCACUCGCCAGUGGAAGAGCGCAGAAGACGCACAAGAAGAAAUCAAACCGUGUGCUUCUCGAAGCGUAUUUUCGUUCCGUUGUUCUGUUUUGUUUUUUUUUUUAUUUAUUUCGGUUCCUUCCGAUUCUUGUUGCUGUAGCAUCAGCAGCGAGUCCGAAAAGCCGUCAAGCUGGCCGCGUCAAUAGCAAUGAACCCGCACUACCAUCCGUACUCGGAUCUGGGCUCCUCGCCCCACUCGCCCAGUCCGGACAAUAACAAUUACCCUCAGCUGACGCCACACCACAACGGUCACGGCGGCGGUCCGGGGGGCGCCGGGAACCCGAUGGGGGUCAGCCAGAUGGACAGCCAUGCAGGCUUCCACGGGAUGAAUAAUGGCGGCGGACCGGUGAAACACUGCGCGGGAUGUGGAGUUAAGAUCACGGAACGAUUCUUCCUGCACGCGCUCGACCGAUACUGGCACAACUCCUGUCUCAAAUGCUCCUGCUGUGGCGCAAUGCUGGCAGACAUCGGUUCGAGUUGUUACACCCGCAGCGGAAUGAUCCUCUGUAAAACAGAUUACUCCAGAUUAUUUGGCUCGGGAGCCUGCUCAGCCUGCCACCAGUCGAUACCCGCUAACGAGUUCGUGAUGCGAACCACAUCGCACACCACGGUGAACAACAACGUGAACGCCGCGAACAACCAGAACGGGACGGCGAAUAACAACAACAAUAACAACAAUGGCCAGACCGUUCCGCAGCAUCAUGUUUUUCACCUGAAAUGUUUCCAGUGCUCCAAGUGUGGCUGCCAUCUGGUGCAAGGUGACCGGUACUACAUGCUGGGUGGAAGCUUGGUAUGCGAGCAGGACUGGCACAAGCUGGUGAAGACCUCGAACGCCCAGACGAAUCCCCCACUCCGCAAGGGCAAGGUCGGGCGACCACGGCGAUCACGAGACUGA